CGUUUGAACCCCCUCGCUCGCUUGGUGUUUUUCCCCCCUGCGUUGCGUGUAAACUGUGAAAAAGGGUAGAGGGGAAAAAAGGAGAGGGAGCGUCCCCGUUCUUCGCCGGAAAUGGCCGUCGACUCCGGCGAGCCGCCGGUGUACGGGCAGUAGUACGCUGAGCGGUGGUUUUUUAAGGCCGGUGGUGUGUUGGUGCGGUUGGUUACGGGUUGGUUGCUUGGGAGAGAUGAUGUGGUUGUAGUGGCUGCGCUUCAUGCGAUCGAUGCCGUUCCAGUUGAAGAGCGGUCACCACCACCACCACCACGGUGCCGUCAUGGAAGGGAAGCCGCCGCCGCCGCCGCCGCAGCAGCAGCAGCAGCCUGCGACGCCGAGGGUGUCGAUGUUCCGGAGGCUGCUGGUGAGGGUGUCCGCGUCGGAGAAGUUUGUCGCGGACGGCAAGGAGAGGGACAAGGACGAGAAGCCGCAGCCGCCCGCCGCCGGCGAGGCGGACGCCGCGGGGUCCGUCGGGCUGGACCGCAUGGUGCUCAGCUUCAUGGAGGAGGCCGCGGCCGUGGAGCGGCCGCCGCGGGGGCGCUGCAACUGCUUCAACGGCAGCAACCACGAGGAGAGCGACGACGAGGAGUUCGACUUCCUCCCCUCCGAGCACACCUCCUCUGCGGCCACCGCCGGCGCAGGCGACGCCUGGGAGGCUCUCAAGGGCCUGGUGCAGAGCGCGAGCGUUGCGGAACGGAAUCUUCUCGCCGACACGUCUAGGAUCGCGGACAAGUGCGGCAAGAGCUGCAAGGGCAAGGCGGAGUGCCGCCGCGCCGUGGCCGACGGCCUCAGGGCCCUCGGCUACGACGCCGCCGUGUGCAAAUCGCGGUGGGAGAAGACUCCCUCCUACCCCGCAGGGGAGCACGAGUACAUCGACGCCGUGGCCGUGGUGGGGAAGGAGGAGGUGAGGCUGAUCGUGGAGGUGGACUUCCGGUCCCAGUUCGAGCUGGCGCGGUCGACCAAGGCGUACCGGGCGGCGCUCCAGGCGCUGCCGCCGCUGUUCGUGGGGACCCCGGACCGGCUGGGGCAGAUCGUGGCCGUCGUGGCGGAGGCGGCGCGGCAGAGCCUCAAGAAGAAGGGGCUGCACUUCCCGCCGUGGCGCAAGCCGGAGUACAUGCGCGCCAAGUGGCUGUCCCCGCACGUCCGCUGCGGCGGCGACAAGGCCGUCGCCCCGGGCCCAGGCGCGGCCGCGGCCGCGGCGCCCUUGUCGGCUGCUACACCGGUCAAGGCAGCGAGCUUUUCCGGGGAGUUCGAGCUGGUGUUCGACAGGAAGCCGAAUAAGGACGCCGCCGCCGCGGGUGGCGGCGGCGUCGGCGAGAAGAUCACGGUGGUGGUGUCGCCGUGGCGCCCGACGGAGGAGGCGAGCAAGAAGCAGCAGGUGCCCAAGGCGAAGGUCCUCACGGGGCUCGCCGCCGUCCUCUGAGCGUGGCGUGGUGAAACAGAGAAGGAAUAACUAGUUACCGCUAGCUAGCUAGUAGCCGCUCAACUACUACUACUCCGUCCCCCCUCCCAAUUUUUUUCCUCCUCUUUUUCGUUUCUUUUUCGCCGCGCCUCUCGAUCCGUUUGGGGAUCUAGUUUUUGGUGUUUUGGUGUUUUCCGGGGUUUUUUUCGGAAAAGAGAAAAAACACUUCGUCUAUUUUGCCGCCGUCGUCUUUACUAGAAUCUCCCCCGUUUUUUGACCCCUUGUAAUUUUUGGUCUUGGCAUCUUGAGGAGGGGCCUGUGAUCGAUCCCUUCUGCCGAGUGGUAGUAUGUAGCAGCAGUAGUUUCAGUUGCAAGGAAAGUGGUUAUUGGUCAGAUGAGGUUGCUUGCUUGUGGCACAUGCCUCAUGAUCAUCAGCUUGCCUACUUGUAGGGGCAAUCACGCCUCUCCUAUUACUAGUGCUACCUGUUAUUGGUAUGGAAGAGAUGAACAAUGAGUACCUCCUGUUAUUGUCAAUUUUCCAUGGACUGGAAGAGAAUCAGAUAUGCACAAUUGAGUAUUGCCAGUCCUGUCA